AUGAAGCCGUUUCUAUUCUUCCUCUUAUCAGUUUUCAGCAUUUCCAAUGCGUGUUUGGUGAUUCAAUACUCCGUUCCACCAGCCUGCGCUUGUAAAGCUCAGAAACUGGACAGUUCAAAUAUUUUCAAAAACGUCCAAGAAGACGUCCACAUAUAUUUUUAUAAUGUGACGACAAGUAUUAUUAAGGCGCCAGAACUGAAAAUCGAUGAUUGUUCGGUGUCGAUGUAUUGUGAAGAAGACUACAAGUUGUUUGUAUUUGAUACAGACAAUCUCAAUGAAGAAUUCUUUGGUGAAUACCCCGCAGAAGGGUUCUGCAACCCUUAUCCACCUCAGAAAUGGCUAGUCACUACUAAUAGUGGGGAGCUUAAGGAGUUUAACCAACUCAAUGGCCAAUGUGUCCCUGUACACACGUUGAACUUGACAAUUCUAAUGGAGCAGACUAUCUGGGAAACACGGAUUAUUACCAGACCACUUUGA